AAACCAAAACUGAGGCCCAUAAUAGGGUCCAGUGCUUGCACGAAGCCAGCUUCCAUUUUAAUUUUCCUGAAGCCUUUCCACUCACAGUGACUUCGCCUUCUAUCUUCCACCGCCGUUCGCCACCGACAACCAACACUGCUGGCGCCACAUAUGAUAGCUCUGGCACUGCAUCCAUUUCUCUUCCAUUAUUAGCAACUACUGUUCCCUACUUCACCUUCAUCCACUACCGAAUAAUAACGUGAAAGUUCUGGAUCCGUAGAAGAACAGAGCCAUUGGAUCUCAACCAUGAGGAGAGCUGGCUUUCACAGGCAGCAUGCAAGGCAAGGCGUAGGGUCAGGGUUCAAGGCCAUGGUUGUGAAGCUCUCGGUUGCAGCUCUGGUGCUCUUGAUCUGCACCGUAUCUUUGUUCUACUCUUCAACUGGAACUUCAAAUGCUCCAUCCAGUUAUCGCUCUGAGAUCCGUUUAGCAGAACUUUGGAACAAUGCUGAUUCUGGUGGUUGGAAGCCAUCUUCGGCACCACGAACCCAUUGGCCCCCUCCUCCUACUGAGAGCAACGGCUAUUUGCGUGUUCGAUGUAAUGGUGGGCUAAAUCAGCAGCGUAGUGCAAUAUCUAAUGCUGUUCUUGCUGCUCGAAUCAUGAAUGCUACGCUGGUUCUACCUGAGUUGGAUGCAAACUCAUUUUGGCACGACGACAGUGGUUUCCAUGGUAUCUAUGAUGUUGAGCAUUUCAUCAAGACACUGAGGUAUGAUGUAAAGAUUGUUGAAAGCAUUCCAGAAAAUCAGAAAAAUGGCAAAAAGAAGAAAAUAAAAGCAUUACAGAUGCGUCCCCCUAGAGAUGCUCCCAUAAGUUGGUAUACGACUGAUGCUCUCAAGAAAAUGAAGGAACAUGGUGCCAUCUAUCUUACACCCUUUUCACAUCGCUUAGCUGAAGAAAUUGACAAUCCUGAGUACCAAAGGUUGAGGUGCAGAGUUAAUUAUCAUGCUUUAAGGUUCAAGCCGCAUAUCAUGAAGCUAAGUCAAUCAAUCGUUGAUAAGCUACGUGCACAAGGCCCCUAUAUGUCCAUACAUCUUCGGUUUGAGAUGGAUAUGUUGUCAUUUGCUGGAUGCUUUGAUAUAUUUACACCUGAGGAGCAAAAGAUUUUGAAGAAGUACCGAGAAGAAAACUUUGCACCAAAAAGACUAGUCUAUAAUGAAAGAAGGGCCAUUGGGAAAUGCCCAUUGACUCCAGAGGAGGUUGGUCUUAUUUUACGUGCACUGGGUUUUGACAAUUCUACCAGAAUAUAUCUAGCUGCUGGUGAACUAUUUGGUGGGGAGCGAUUUAUGAACCCGUUUCGAAGUUUGUUCCCUCGACUGGAGAAUCAUUCUUCAGUGGAAAACUCAGAAGAGCUUGUUCAGAACACUAGGGGAUUGGCAGGUUCUGCUGUGGAUUACAUGGUCUGUCUUCUUUCUGACAUCUUCAUGCCAACAUAUGAUGGCCCAAGCAACUUUGCGAACAACCUCCUCGGGCAUCGACUUUAUUAUGGCUUUCGGACUACAAUCAGACCUGACAGAAAAGCUCUUGCUCCUAUCUUCAUCGACAGGGAGAAUGGGCGUACAGCAGGUUUUGAAGAAGCUAUUAAGAAAGUCAUGCUUACAACCAAUUUUGGUGAACCUCAUAAACGAGUUUCUCCGGAGUCUUUCUAUACAAAUUCUUGGCCCGAAUGCUUCUGCCAAACAGCUGCAAAGAACCCUGCUGACAGAUGUCCACCAAAUGAUAUUCUGAAUAUUCUCGAUAACGGAUUACAGAAAGAAGCAACAGAGCAGACAAAUUCCACAAUAUCUUGAGCAUAAACAUAUGAAGUACUCGGUGACUUUCGGCUGGUUAUUCUUUUACUCUUCGGUAACGAACUGCUGCAUGCCAUAUACGGAGAAGGGACGAGAGCUCCUCUUAUCCGAUCCAGAUUUUCAGGUGAUAUUUUUUUUUAUCUUCUCUCACUAUGUUGUCUAUCAAGGGAGUUAUAUAGUUAGAUUUGAGAAUUGAAGGCGCCCAUUUGUAUAUUUGCAUUCUUUAGUUAUACUUGUGGACAAUGGAAGGAAACCUACGACAGAAAAUUUGAUAACAGCGCUGGAAAUGUGAUUGGAAUCAUAUGAAUUUAGGAAAAAAUUAACCACACAAAUGAUGGUCCUUGCCCUAGGCCUGUAAUCGCUGUGCGUGAGGAAGCCAUUACAUAGGAAGGAUGAAAACUAUGGCAGAUAAAUUGUUAGAUAUUUGAAGGGAUGCUAAAGUAACACUGUCAAAUUUAUGUUUUAUUUAUUUAUAUUUUCAUGGAUAGUGAGGGAGAUUAACAUAAUCUCUGGUUCGAUUA